AAAUGUAGAGAGAGUUGGCCUUCUGAAAUAUCAGAGAAAAUCUUUAACUUAUUCUUGGAUGUCAUUCUUCUAGUCGUACCAUUGCUCAUCAUGACAGUUACCUAUUCAUUUAUAGUUGGAACGUUAUGGAAAACAAUCAAACCUUUAAAAUGCCAAGGACAAGAAAUUACCACAAAAAAUGGAUCGAAUAAACUUCAUAUUCAUUUUUAUCCCAAGAAUUCAGCAGGGACACAACGCAUCGACAGUCAUACAUCUUUAUCUUCACGGAGUAGUUUGAAACCGAAGCAACAGUGUAAAGAAGAUAAUAUUUCUUAUCAAGGGAUUCGUGUCAGUAAUCUUGAUAAAUCACUAUCGCAGAAGAGGAGAGUGUUUAAAAUGCUAUUCGUUGUCGUGUUAGAAUUUUUUAUCUGUUGGACACCCCUUUACGUUAUCAAUACAGUUUCGCUUUACGAUCCUCGCUCUCUUUACGAAGGACUCGGUUAUUAUGGAAUCUCAUUUUUCCAAUUAUUGGCUUAUACAUCUUCUUGCUGCAAUCCAAUUACUUAUUGCUUCAUGAAUUCAAAAUUUCGUCAAAGUUUCAUGGGAUUGUUCGGUUGCAAGAGAAGAGCUUGGAGCAAUCAAUGUAAAGAAGUGGCAUUCAGAACGACGCUUAGUACUUCGUACCACGAUAAUUCUAAUUCUAAAAAAUCUAUGAAUUCCUCUACGAAAACUAUUUCUGAACCGGAAAUUUAAUUAAAAUGUAUUAAAUUCAUUCUUCAUUCAACUG